GACAACAACAACGACAACAACAACGACAACAACAACAACGACAACAACAACGACAACAACGACAACGACAACAACAACAACGACAACAACAAUGACAACAACAACAACGACAACAACAACGACAACAACAACGACAACAACAACGACAACGACAACCACAACGACAACCACAACGACAACGACAACGACAACAACAACGACAACAACAACAACAACAUCAUCAUCAACAACAACAACAACAACAACAACAGCAACAACAGCAGCAACAACAACAGCAACAGCAACAACAACAACAGCAACAGCAACAACAACAACAGCAACAUC